AUGGCAGAAGAAGGAGAAAUUACAGAAGUCGUCUUGAAGACUGCUCCAUUUGAUGCAAGGUUUCCAUACACUAACCAGACAAAGAAUUGUUGGCAGAACUUUGUAGACUUCCAUCGUUGUUCUAAAAAGCUUGGAGAGGAGCACGACAGUUGUUUAUAUUUCAAGAGAGCUUUUACAUCUCUGUGCCCUAAGUUAUGGGUAAGUGGUAUUGUAACUGCCCCGGUACAAGUCAGGUUUUGAAAUUAUGAUUUAGGGUUGUUUAAUUAGUUACAAUGAUGCUUCUUUGUAAUCAAGCACAGGCCCUGUUUUAAGUAGUCACCUCACCUCACCCCCCAUCUUCGCACUUUGUUACACAUAAGACCUCCACACUUCUCUGCUGACUGCUAUAACUGACUUUCUUUGCACCCUGUGCAUGUAGAUUUAAGACUGGCAUACACUCUGUUUACACUUCUUUUAAGGCCCAGGAGUGACCAACAUCAAUUUUCUCCAGAACAAUAAUCAAUACAUAAACAACAGAAAAGGUCAUGAGAAUUAAUUAAUUGACCACCAAGGGGAAAGUGCCUUGAUCUGUUAAUAAAUUCUCUCAACUGAUUUUUCAAGGAAACAUAUGGAAGUCAGUCUGGAGAAUUUUUAUGUGAAUAUUGGUGCUUAAAGGGUUAAACAAAUGCAAAAUAUUGAUAUGGAUUUGGUCUUUUAUAGGUUGAGAACUGGUCUGAACAAGUAGAAAGUGGCACAUUCCCUGGUCGCAUUUAACAAUUUAAUAGAACAUGACUCUUGCUUUUCUUCUUGGGGAACUGUGAUAUCCUUUGAUAAUGUUUAAACAAACUUUCUCCGUUGGAUUUAUUUGUUCUUUGGCCAAACGCUGGAGAAAGCGAUAUAUUUUGUCAUAAGUUACUUGUUAAAUGUAAAAAAUUAAAAAGGCUGAUUGCAAGUGAUUUCAAAAC